AUGCCAUUAAGCGUUUUCUUGCCGACGUUUCUUCGUCUUGACGCAACAGUUCGUGAUUCGGUUCCCCUAAACAAUGUUGGCUGUAAUCUCCCUGCAAUGGCAAUUAGGCUGCUGUCAGCCUAUCGCAGCCUCACCGAAAUAAUUGUCGAGUAUUGGUUGCAGAUUACUCAGCCUCUUAUCAUCACCAACCACACCAGGAGUCUCGUCGUGAGGUUUCCUACAUCUCUUCCUCCUCUCCAAACUGUUAUUCUUGUCAUCACCGCUUCAAACCCAGGAGUCCGCUCUUUAAAUCGGCUUUAUAAUUGUUUGUCAAUGAACACCAUGGCUUCGACAACUGAACUUUACCACCAUGCACCUUUCACAGAUGUAAGAUCAAUCAGACUGCUCUUUCUUCAGCCUGGCCAGUUCGACGAUGUUAUCAAUGUUCGGCUGAAAGUUUUCAGUCUCGAUGAUCUUCCACCAUACUGCGCGCUAUCUUACGCAUGGGGUCCUCCUCCCCACACGACGCCGGUCUCGUGCUAUGGAAAGAAAUUGCUGGCUUCGGAGAGCUGCGUCGCUGCCCUACGAAGGCUACGAGACACGAUUGAGGAGAAGGUGCUAUGGAUCGAUGCCAUUUGUAUCGAUCAAACAUCAUUAAGUGAGCGAGGACACCAAGUGAAUUUGAUGUGUGGUGUGUACUCGAAAGCCGAGAGGACUUGGAUCUGGCUGGGAGAGAGCACGCCAGAGACAGACUUCAUGAUAGAUUUCCUCGGUGAUUAUCACAAGGUACUGGAUGCGACGAAAGAUUAUUUUCCCGGGUCUACCGAUAACUUACUCCUCCUAGAAAUAGAGAAACUGAAAGCAGAGGAACGGAGACUCUAUGGCGUAGAAUGCGCCACCCUUUUUGAUUUACUCAUUGGAAAGCCUUGGUUUUGCCGCGUCUGGACAGUUUAG